ACAUUCAUUCCUCUCUUCUUAAUUACCAUCCAAUCUCUCUGAAAUUAUUAUACAUUAGAUCUCAAUAACAAUCACAAACCCUCAUUAACAUCCUUUGUUUUGCUCUGUUUUUCAAAGAACAUAUAAAAAUGUCACUUGUUGUUUGUCAACCUCAAGAUAACAUCGUUCCGAAGAAUCAAAGUUUCUAUCAAAAAGAUGACAUGGGUGGGUUGAGUUUCCUGCAAUCUAUGUCCGACAUCACUGCCAUUGUCCAAACCAAAGAGGAUAAAGCUUAUGUUCACCCGAUGGAGAAACGCUCUGUUUCUAAGCUCAAUGAGAAAAGCUUAGAGAUGUGCACUGAGAGUCUCGGAACCGAAACAGGAAGCGAGAGUGGUGACGAGUUGUCAUUGCUUGCGUUUGAAGCAACCACAACUCCUAGGGUUCCUCCUCAACUGAAACCUCAAGAAGAUACUAACUUGCCGGACAAGAAAUCGCCGAUGGUUCGCAACAACAGUUUCCCCCCGCCGAUAAAGUUCGUUGAAGACUCAAAGUAUAAUCGUAUGGUGAGAUGGUUAGGAGAAGAUGGUCGACUUGUAGUUCAAGCAAUUAGGGCUUCGUCUCCGCCUAGUUGCUUUGUAGCUGAACGUGGUGAAGGAAGGCUUCGUCUCAUGUUAACGUCGGAAAGUUCUCUUCUUAGUCACAGUCAUGAGGAGGAGGAGGAAGAAGAAGAAACAGAGGAGGGCAUCGAUGAGGAAACUAGUGAGAUCAUGGAGGGUAAAAAGUUUAGCAGAUUAAGCAGAAGAUGCAAGGAGAAUGGUCGUGAGCCUAAACCAAUGCUUACUUGGAAGCAGCAGCAGUUUUGGGUCGCUACUUCAACUUAAUUCGACUAAUUAACGUGGGUUUUAUUUUAGUUUAUCUAUAUAAUAUGUCUAUAUGUUUUCUUGUCUUUUCUAUUUGUAGUAUGAUUUCUUGAGGGGACUGGUAAUGUAUUUUAUUUCUAUUAAAUGUAAUGUUAAAUG